GCGCCGGUGCCCUGCGAGGCUCGGGCGCCCGAGCCGCCGGCCUCGGCGCCGGCCUGGCCGCUGCUGGUGGUCUUCGUGGCCGGGGUGGCCGUCGGCGUGGCGUUGUCGUCACGCCUGCGCCGCGCUCCAGGCGGAGCGGCGGCGGCGCCCCAGGCGGCGCCACAGGCGACCGCGGCCCCGGAGCCGGUCGCCCCUGCUGCCGCGCAGCCGCCUUUGGCCCUGACGUCAGGCCCGGCGGCGGGCCCGGUGACGCCUUCCACGAGGCAUGGCGGCAGCGCCGCGGUGCCCGACUUGGACCUCGAGAGGAUCAACUUGGACGAGCGGCGGCAUCGAGUGCUCGAGCGAGGGCAAGCCUUCCCGGCGGCUAUCGCGGGCGACCUCUACGCCUUCGACCCGAUCGGGCGCGAGGCGGUCGCCGGGCACAAGAGGCGCGCGCGACUGCAGGCAGCCGUGCUGGGCGGCGACGAGGACGAGGCCAUGGACGCCGAAGAGUGGGUCUACGCGGACCUCGACGACCCGUCGUUCGGCACGCUCGUCGCCGCGGACGUCCUCGACGGGGACGAGUUCGUGGAGCUGGGCAACCGCGGCCUGGUGCGGCGCGAGGGCGUGGCUCGCGGAGUCGAGAAGGUGGGCCGCGCCCGUGUGGCAGAGUGGGGCGAGCAGCGUCGCGUCGGCGCUGAGGACAUCAGGAGCUUGGGCGUCCACAAGGCGGCUGACGGCACGCGGCACCUCGGCUGGACGGACGCUGUCGGCGUGCUGCGGGAGAGCGACAUGCCCGAGUGGAAGUUCGAGGGGCCGCAAGUGUGCAAGGAGCUCGCGGCCUCGAUCCGAGAGGGCGCAGGGAAUCCGACGUCCUACCACGCGGAGUGGAUCAGGCUGUCGGGCGUCAACCAGAACAGCGCCAUCGCCUACGAGCACAAGAAUGCCAUGGACAUGCUGCGCAUGGCCGCCAGCGUCGACCAGGUGGACAUCAGCAACCUCGCCUCGUUCGAGCUCCUCGCGAGCCGGGUCGUCAUGCUGGAGAUGGCCGUGGCGCGCGACCCCCGGGACCCGGACUUCGGCGGGCUCGGGGUCAUCGCCGACGGCGCUGCGGGGACCGACGGCGCCGCGCGGGCGCCGAGGUUCCGCGCCUGGGUGUCUGACCGACAGAAGGAGAGAGCGAACAUCCUCAAGCAGUCGAAGCUGUACAAGGAGGAAGCCAGGAACGAGCGGGAGAGGAAGCGCGGCCCGAAGGGGCCAAAAGGAGGCGAUGCGAAGGGCAAGGGCAGAGGGGCUGGCGGCCAAGGUGCAGCAGAGGUGGUGGCGCUCCACGACGCGGCAAAGGAUCGGGUGGGGCGCGCAGGCCUGGUCCCCGACGGACUCUCCCCAAGCAGAGCCCUCGAGGAGCUCUUCAAGACGAAAGACCUGUACGGUCAAGAGCCACGUCACCUUGCCAGUUAUGAUCCAGCUAAGCUGCGAGUGGCAAAGGGAGUGGUGGAACCCAAGGAUGCGAGAGCUCUGCUGCCACCGCAGGCGGCGCAGAGGCUCCGACGAUACAAGACGUGCAUCGAGCUGUCUGCCGAGGAGAUCGAGGCCAAGUUCGCCUCCGAGCCCUCGCCCGAGCCCUACUGGGACCCCGUGCUGCGGCGAAACAAGCGAGCCCGGCACGAGCUGUUCGAGCGCCUCCUCUCUUCGGGCAUCCUGGUGCCCAGGAGGCGCCUCAAGGGCCGCAUCGGGCUCUUCUUCGUCAAGAAGAAGGAGGGGGCCAUUCGCCUCAUCGUGGGCGCUCGCUACCCUAACGCCUGCCACAAGCCGCCGCCCACCACGCAUCUCGGCACCGCGCAGUCCUUCGCGGAGCUCAACCUUGCCGAGUUCGCGGACGUGGCGGCGGAGAUGGCUUCUCAUUGUGUUCUACCUGGCGCAGGCGGCGUCCCGGCCCUGGACUUCCACCAGAGCGGCGCCGACGUGCGCGACGGCUUCUACCAGUUCAGCAUCGUCGAGUUGGCCGACUGGUUCGGGAUCGACGAGUCGUUCAGCAAGGGGAGUUUUGGCAUCACCAAGGUGUUCGACCCCGAGCUGGGCGUGGACGUGGAGCUGGCCAAGCACGAGUCCUUCUACCUAUGCAUGGGGGCCAUGCCCAUGGGAUGGUCGUGGGCCCUCUACUUCUGCAACGAGGCGGUGGCUUCCCGCGCGGCAGCCGUGGCCGCCGAGGGCUGGAGCAGCCUGCUCCGAGAGCGGGCCCCGGCCCCUCGCCUGGCCCCCGGCCAGCCCGUCCACGCCGUCUACGUGGACAACCACACGGGCCUGGGGCAUAGCGCGGCGGACGCGGAGCAGGCGCGCCGAGACUUCCGUGCGCAGUGCGCCGCCUUCGGCCUCGACCUCCACGACGAGGUCCCCUGCAGCCCUUACCUCGAGGCGCAUGGGCUGCAGUUCGACGGGCCGGGCCGCCGCCUACGGCAUCGGUCUGCCCGCCUCUGGCGCUUCAAGCUGGCGACCGUGGCGCUGCUGCGCCGCCGCGUGGUGGCAGGGUGGCAGCUCGAGAUCUGGCUGGGACACGCCGUUCACAUGUGUGGGCUCGGCCGGCCGCUGCUGUCGAUCCUCUCGCAGAGCUACGCCUACGUCGCGGCCCGCAAGGAGAGGUCGGGCCGCCUGUGGCGAGGUGUGCGGCGGGAGCUCUGGCUCAUGUCCAACCUGGUCUUCACCUGCGAGGUCGAGCUGGAUGCCCCGUUCAACUCGUCGGUCUACCUCGGCGACUCGUCGGACUACGGCUACGCCCUCAUGGAGACGAGGGGCACGGGCGACGAGCUGCUGGAGGACUUCAAGUGGAGAGAGCGCUGGAGGUUCAAGGCCGCGCCGCCGCUGCCUCCGUCGCCGCACCCGACCCUUGGGGCGCUGGGCGCGGCGUUCGGGGUCCGCUUCGACGGCGACGACCCCGAGCAGGUGGAGGCGUUCGGCGAGCCGCGCGUCGUGGGCAGGACCGCCUGGGAGCCGCUGGGAGCCCGGGCCCGCCUGGCGCAGUGGGCCACCGAGACGGCCCGCGCCGCCGAAGCGGGGGCCGGCCCCGGGCGACGCAGACGGCGGCGCACGGCCCGAGGGGCCGCGCCGCGCGAGGAGGUGGAAGGCUUCGAGGCCAUCCCCGCGGUCAGCGCCUGCUGGGACAAUAAGCGGCGCCGUCACACGCUGGUGGAGGGCUUCUGGCACUGGAAGCAGGAACACAUCAACGUCAAGGAGGCUAGGGUCUGUCUCAUGGGCCUCCGCCGUAGCUUGCGGACCAGACGGGGCUGCCACCGUCGGCUGCUCACCCUGUCGGACAACCUCGUGUCCACCGUGGUGUUCGACCGCGGCCGCUCGUCGAGCUGGGCGCUCAACGCGCUGUGCCGGCGCGCUGCGGCAUGCCAGAUGGCCGGCUGCGUGGCCUGGCGGGUUCGCCACAUCCGCACGGACAGGAACCACGCGGACGAGGGCCCCCGUCGCCCCCGAGUCCCCCGAGUGCUGGUGCCCACGAGGCUGGAGGGCGGAGCGCCCGUGGCCCCUCGGCGGGCGGGAGGCCGCCGCCUGGGCGCGCCCCGACACCGCGGCGCGCCCCGGGCAGCCCAGGCCGCGCUCGAGCUCUUCGCAGGCACGGGCCGGCUCAGCGCCUCCCUCAAGCGCCUGGGGCUGCGGGUUCUGCCGGGCGCCGAGAUCAAGCGCUCCGCCCGCUACGACCCGUCGCGUCGAUCGACGCAGCGUGCUGUGCUGCGCUGGAUUCGGAGCGGGGAGGUCUGGUACGUACACCUGGGGACAGCAUGCGCCGCCUGGUCAGUUGCCCGCUCCACGCCUUAUAACACUGAGCGGGCGCGGCGUCUGGGAGCAGUUUCUGUCGACGUGGCGCUCUUCACAGCUGAGGUCAUCAAAGAGUGUGACCGCUGCGGCGUGCUCCAGCUCGAAGGUGGGCUCAAGGCUGGCGCCUAUUCACCCGCCCUCUGCCGAGAGUGGGCUGCCGCGCUAUACUCGGCGGCGCCUCCUCAGGCCUUCGGCGACUCCGAGCCGCUCACCGCUGAGCGGGACACGGAGCUGGAGGCGCUGGUGCCGCGGACGCAUGGUGCUGCAGCGAAGCUCGGCGAGGAGAAGGAGCGGCUGGCGGCAGCGCGCAAGGCGCGUGUCCCGCCAGCGGCGCGUGACAAUUUCCUGCGGCUCGGGACCAUCCGCGACUCCACGAAGCGGCUCUACUCAGACGCGCUCGGCAAGUUCAAGUGCUGGGCGAAGCCGAAGCACUACGACCUGGGUAGUUUCAGCUCCACGGACUCGGCGAUGGAGCACUACUUCACCGACCUGUACUUCGAGGGGUCAGGCCCCGCAGAAGGCCGCAACGUUCUCUACGGCUACAUUCACUUUGAGACGCACCUGGAUCGGAACAAGGCCAACCUCUUCCCGAAGGCGUCGAGGGCGCUUCGCGGCUGGACCACCCGGGCUCCUCAACGAGUCCGCGACCCCAUCCCCUUCGGCGUCGUCUGCCUGAUCGGCCUGUACUUCCUGGGCAAGGGCCUGGUCGGCGCCGCGGUGUGCCUGGUCCUGCAGUUCGACUGCUACCUGAGGCCGGACGAAGCCGUGUCGCUGCUCCUGUCCUCGGUGCUGCCGCCUGCGCCCCGGGCUGGCCGGCGCUACGCGCGGGCCUGGGAGCUGCUGCUGGGCGAGGCCGAGCACGCGGCGCCCACCAAGACAGGCGUGGUGGACGGGACGGUGGUGAUCGGCGAGCUGCAGCGGUCCUGGGUGGCGGAGGCGGUUGGCCUCUGGUACCGCGCGGGCGGCGCGGCUCCCUACAUGUUCGACCUGACUCUCUCCAAGUAUGAGGCCCUGUUUCGCCAAGCCGCGUUCGACUUGGGCCUCGCCGAUCUGGACAUCUCACCUCACGGAGUUCGGCAUGCCGGAGCUUCGCAUGACAUGUAUAUGGGCCUGGCGACGCUCGACCAGAUCCAGAAGCGCGGCCAGUGGGCCCAUGCUCAGAGUGUGGUGAGGUAUUCGAAGCACGGCGCCACCACCAGCACCGACAAAAGCAGAGGAUCCGUGGACGCAUUGGGAUCCCUGGGCGAGAACGACGAGCAACAACAGUGGCAGCUGGUGGAACAGCUGGUGGAGCAGCUGGUGGGGCGCCGACGGCAGCAACAGCAGCUGGUGGCAGGGCGCCCCGGCGACGGGCGACGGCACGGUGUGGGUCCCGAUCGCGCGGCCGGCCGAGCUACCGGUGCCGCGCGGGCUGCUGCGCGGCGGCGGCGCGCGAGCGGCCGAGGCACCUGCGCGGCCAGGGGCGCCAGCGCAGCCGGACGCCCGCGCCGCGAGGCCAGGCCGACUCCGGCGGCGCCGGCUCAGAGCGGCCUGCCCGCGGGGCUCGCCCAGGAGCGGGCCGCGGGCUCGGCGGCGACGUCGGCGCCCCCGCCGCCCGCGCCGUGGGCACCGACCGCGACGGGCGCGUCCGUCUCGACCUGGAGGCCGUCGGACACGCAAGGACCUGCGCCGUUGGGCGGAUUCGAGCGGCUGGACACAGCAUGCGUAGUGGCCCUCAGGCGCUGGCCCAAGCGCACAGGGCUGCCCGCAGAGCAGCAGGCAGGCAAGGUCAGCGACGGCGUGCCGAUGGACUUGCAGGCCAAGGAGAGCUUCAGAUUAGUGCUGGAGGACACGGAGAUGCGACCAGGAGAGACUCACGCCCAGUAUGUGAUGAGAAGGGACACGCAAGUACGAGCUGCAAGAAAGCACGGUCUCGACUUACCGGAGUCGGUCCAGGUACAGCAGCUGAGGAAUGGAGCGAACUUCAGCGAGCCGAACGCCAUCAACUUUCCGUCGAUCACGCAGGGGCGAGAGGAUCUGGAGUUGAUAAAAACCGGGCUCAGAAAGAUGGACGCGGAAAAGAAGACGAGUCAAAUAAAGCUUCGGGUGUACGCGACCGCGGACAGCGAUCGUGAGCAGGAGGGCGAGGACACCAGGGGCCAGGACGUCUACUUUGAAUUCGAGGAGGACCUGAUCAUGGACAACGAGCACGCGGCGGCCUUGUACGAGGCGAUCGCCGACCAGGAGCUGGACGUGGAGCAGGCGAUCGCGGCGCUGGCCGCGGUGCUGGACGAGAAGAGGGAGAAGGGGGGCCGCCCGCGGAGGCGGGCGGAGUCGAGGGAGCUCAAGAAAGCGAUCGCUCGGGAUCGAGACUUCUCCGACUCGAAGAGGGCUGGGGGCCGACAGGCGCCGCGGCCAACCGCAGGGGGGCAGAGGCUGUGCAUCGCGCGCCUCAAGGAGAAGACGAGGUGCGCGAACUGUGGGCAGAAGGGUCACUGGGGGAAAGAAUGCACGAAUCCUUUCAAGCCGAAGUCGGAGGUCCGCGACAGGGGCCAGAAGGGCACCGCCAGGGCCAAGGGCAUCAUGCACGCGGCCGCCAGCAGCAACGGCGACGGGGACACCUUCCUCGCAGGAGGCGCUCGCAUCCGGGAGAUCUGCGCGCUGGGGAUCCGCGAGUCAGCCGACCGCCCGGACCAGGAGAUCUACCUGCUGGAGAUCGACGGCGAGGGGCCCGAGGGCAUGGUCGACACGGCAGCCGGGCAGGCGCUCGUGGGAGAGAGCCAGUUGCGCGACCCCCAGCUCAAGCUCCGCGAGACGGGCUGGGGCAUCCCGACGCGCGGGGCGGACGGGCGCGGCAGCGCCGAGGGGGUCGGGGUCAGGUGCCUCAUCCUGUUCCGGAUCGCGAGCAAGGACGUGCCCCCCUUCCUGCCGGCGCGCUGGCUGGAGGGCCUGGUCGCCAUCGUGGACUCGGCCAGUGACGCGCUCGCGCUCCGCCACGACGGCGCCGACAGGGAGAUCAAGAUGAACAGGCAGAAGUCGGGCCACCGGGCCAUCCCGCUGCUGGGCGACAGCCGCCCAGAGAAUUUCCAGGUCCCUGAGGCGGCCCGGCGGGACUGGCCUGGUGUCGGCGCGAGUGACUUCCGAGCUUGCAGGAGCAACGGGGAGAUCAGGAGGGCCAUGAUCGAGAUCAUCCGGGCCACCAUCCGCAGGGCGUCUGGGCUCAGAGAUCACUUCCCAGACCCGGCUCCCCAAGAGCACUUCGAGGGGCCAGCGCAGAGCAUCACGGCAGCCGAUGUCGACUUCAUCCGACAAUGGAAGGGGCGUUGCGUUGGCGAGCUCAUCGCGUGGGUGCGCGCUGGCAGGUGGGUGCCUGCAUGUGAGCACGCGGCUUACCAGCCUCCCAGGGCAGAUCGGCGCACUUGCAGGAACGACGCAAAGCUGUCGCAGGACGCUGGCAACAAGGGGGAGCUAAAGGUCAUGUUCCAGAAGGUGGCGCAGCAACGCAGUUCAGAAUGGCAGCUCGGUCCCGAAACAGAGAAAUGGGCAAUGAAAAUUGGCGAGCGAGCUCAAGCGAUGCGCCGCGACGUCCAGCAGGCCAUCACGAAAGCCAAGGAUAGCGGCAACGCCCCCGAGUGGCUCGCGCCGUUCAUGCAGGACACGGCCGACGAGACGGAGUGCGACGCCGAGCAGGUCUGCUAUGGGAUUCAGAAGGGCGUCAAGGAGUCCAUGCGAGAGGAGUCUUUGCCGCUGGAGCCCAACGACGAGAGCGACGAGGAGCUGGUCCUAGCGAAGAGGCCCGACGGGUUCCUGUUCAGGAUCCCAAACUUGACGAGUAAGACGUUCAGGGCCCUGCAGAAGGACAACGGACCAGGGGGGCGGCGCCCUGGAAGCAUGACCGAGAUCACGCGGGAGGUGGCCAAGGACGGAGCUACGUGGCGACUGAUCGACGCUCAGGGCGGCCGCCCCGUGGGCGCCGACAAGCGCGGUGACAAGUGCGGCCCCAAGGGCCGCGCCGCGGGGUGGCAGUAG